GAUAAAGAUCAAACGAGGCAUAAGUUAAAGUGAAUGGUGCACGAAGUGGUGCAUUGAGUUUGUUUUGAUUCGCUGCAGUUGGCAAACCUGAUCGCGCGAUUUGACGUCAUUGUGCUGUCAUUGAUCUAUUUAUAUUGGUGAAUUUUAAUUUAUUUGCCAGCGUUUUGCGCGAAACUAUAUUGUCUCGUGAAGAUGGUAGCUGGAUCUAGACUUGUCGGAGAUAACAGUGAAGCUAAAACAUUUGUGUGAACAUUUUUCUCGAAGUUAUUGUCGCGACAAACUGCGUACGUGACUUGGAUAAAGACGCUUUGUUAUUUUGUACAUUAAUCGCUGAAAUACUUAAAUUCAAGUGGUUUGGUGUGUUUAAAACUAAUUUAGAUUAAGACAAAAACGUUUUAGUACAAGAAAAGUGGUGAAAAUGUCGUCGUUAGGUGGACAGUGGCGUGUUAUUAGGCACUACCUCUCUAUGAGUAACUUGAACGCAGAAGUAGAGAAAUUAGUGCAGAAAUUCAAGCCUGCUACUCCUGAACAAUGGGAAAAUUUAAUAAAAAAAUUUGAGAAAGCAGUCUCAGUGAAAUUGACACAAACAAUAGACGUUAAAAAGGAACCAAAAGCAGUUGACCAUAAAGUGAACUCAACCACAGUAGAAGAGACAGAGAAAAUUACAGACAGACAGAGUGGCAAAGAGAAAAAUGAACAAGUUGAACAGAAAAUAUCUCAAGAAGGUCUCACUGUAGGGUCAGAGGCAAAGGAAAUUACUUUAGAAGGCCUAUGGGAAGGUUUCAAAUUAAAGAAGGAUCUGCAUUUUGGAAAAAUCUCUGAAUCUAACUGGAGGACUAAUAAGCCUAUUGUUACAAAGUCGUCCAUACAUUCUAGAACGGCCUACGUCAUAUCGGCCAUAGUGACAGCUGAGACUCCAGAAUGUCUGCUGCGGAGGACGGAACACUUCAUAGAGCAUUUACAGCAAUAUCCCGAGUCCAGGGACUAUGCUAUCAAGGAAGGUGCAGUCAGGGCUUUGUUGCGAGUGCAGCACAAAAUGAAACACCACACUGAUGACGUCACCAAACAAGUCAACGGUAUUGUUAAUGAGGCUCUAGCAUUAAUGGGUUACACUGGUCCAACAAAGGGUCGAGGCCCCAACAUCCUCUCUAUAGAUGGUGGAGGUAUCAGAGGGAUCAUCGCCAUAGAGAUAUUGAGGCACCUAGAGAGGCUCACCGGCCGCAGCGUGCAGGAUAUGUUCGAUUACAUCAUCGGAGUUAGCACGGGCGCCAUUAUUGCCGCGGUCAUUGCGAGCGGCGCGGGUAAUCUGGACACGGCCAACCACAUGUAUCACACACUGUCCAAGCAAAUGUUUGGCAAUACUUCACUCAUUGGUGGUACAUCUCGGCUGGUGUGGACGCACUCUUACUACGACACCGACGCGUGGGAAAAGUUGCUACAAGAAAACUUGCAGGAUUGCACCCUCACCGAGUGCAACAGGCAUAAUACACCUAAGAUGGCGCUAGUAUCAUGCGUGGUGAACUCCGGGUCCCGCCUCGCGCCGUUCCUGUUCCGCACGUACGAGUGCGGGUUCCGCGUGCGCUCCGUGUUCGCGGGCAGCUCGCGCGCCAAGCUGUGGCACGCCGUGCGCGCGUCCGCCGCCGCGCCCACCUACUUCACCGAGUUCCGGCUGCAGGGACUGUUGCAUCAGGACGGUGGUAUAAUGGUCAACAACCCGACCGGGGUCGGACUCCACGAAGCCAAACUACUGUUUGGAGCGGACACUAUCAAAAACGGCACAGUGAUAUCCGUGGGCACGGGCCGAGCGCUCAACAAGCAUCUGGACUACCAGCUCAUGAGCAAGGGCCUGGCCAAGGAGUCCCCUGGGACCAGCUGGAAGGACAAAUUCAAUAAAAUCCUGGACUCUGCCACUGAUACUGAAGGUGUCCAUCUGGUGAUGAACGAUUUGUUACCACCGGGUAACUAUUACCGUUUCAACCCCCCUCUAAUGGAAGAGUGUGCCAUGGACGAAAUCAACCCCCAGAAGCUCCAGAACAUGAUCACAGACACCAUGGCCUACAUCCGCAGGAACCAGCACAAGUUCGAACAAGCGGCCGCUAUGUUAGUGAGGAAGAGGACCCUGUCCCAACAGAUCGUGGACUAUGUCCACUACAGGUCCCAGUUGAUGGGCAUCUCUCACGCCAACUGACGGUUUGGCAAUCGGCAAGAGUUUGACACUUGCUGAUUUUGCUGUGAAAUUCGUGUGUUAUGUUACGUAAAGUCGUAAAAAAGACAGGGAAUUGGUCUGUUGCGUUUUUGUGGCCAUAUUGGUAUAAAAAGAGCAUAAAAACGUGUGUCGUGAGUUAGAAAGGGAGAAAUGUUGUUAGGAAAUUAUAAAAUACCUGUAGUAACCAGCACAAGUUCAAAUAAGCAAGCGGUGGCUAUGCUGUUGAGGAAGGAAACUGUAUGCUAGCAGAUUAUGGACUAGUCCACUACGGGUUCCAAUUGAUGGGCAUCUCUCACGCCAACUGACGGUUUGGCAAUCGGCAAGAGUUUGACACUUGCUGAUUUUGCUGUGAAAUUCGUGUGUUAUGUUACGUAAAGUCGUAAAAAAGACAGAGGAUUUGUCUGUUGCGUUUUUGUGGCCAUAUUGGUAUAAAAAGAGCAUAAAAACGUGUGUCGUGAGUUAAAAAGGGAGAAAUUUUGUUAGGAAAUUAUCAAAUAGCUGCAGAAUCCUGCACAAUUUCGAAUAAGCGGUGGGCUAUGCUGUUGAGGAAAAAACUCUGCCAGCAGAUUGUAAACUAUGUCCACUAAAGGUCCUAGUUGAUUUGCAUCUCUCACGGCAAGAGUUUGAGAUUUUGCUGUGAAAUUCGUGUGUUAUGUUACCUAGAAUCAAAAAAGACAGAAAAUGUGUCUAUAAAAGUGUUUUUGUAGCCAUGUUGGUAAGAAAGAGAGCAUAAAAACGUGUGUCGUGAGUUAAAAAGGAGAGACUUUACAAACUCACGACAUAAAAACAAUGUCGUGAGUUUGUAGGGUUUGAUAAAGAGGAAUUUUGUUUAGAAAUUGACAAGAGUUUUGUAAACUUGCAAUGAUGUAGGGUGAAAUUCGAUAGUUCGAAAAAAUUUUAUUUUUAUUUUAUUUUUUUAUUUAUUUAAGUUUUUUAGUUUUAUUAAGUAAUUUGUGACGAUUUAUUUGCGUGAAUUGUUCUAAUUUAAUCUUCAAACUGCAAUUCGAAAGAUCCGAGCUUAAAAUAUUUUAGCUAAGGAUACUUUCUGUAGAAAAUUCGAGAAAGGCUUAUUAAAUUAAUGAAUUUCAAAUUGAUAACUUGAGAAAUUAAAUUGGUCUAUAAGAAUCGAUAGUCGAAAGAAAUAGUUUUUUGGUGUUUUAGAGCUAGGUCAGACAUGCGGAUAUAACGCGCGGAUGCAAACCAUGCGUUUUGAAUCGUCAUAUAAUUUGCCUUAGGGCUAACACAAACAAACGGAGUGGAGUGGAGUCAAUCUUUUUAUAACUACCUAUUUAGGUAUUUUACAUUUUUAAGGUAAUAAAUUUUCAAUACCUUAAAAAUGUUAUGACCCAAAACAAUAUUUCAAGAAUAAAAUGUCGGCAAAUGCCUACUGGGUUUGCAAGUUGCAACUCUCUCUAUCGUACAAUAUGGAGAAGGCCGAGAUGCAGCGUGAAACAGAUAGCAUUUUUGAAAAUACCUACUCUCACCCGCGUUUUGUCACUAGAUGAUAGUCUUAAGAUACGUGCGGUUUAAAUCCGCGCGGUUUCAGACGGAUCUAGCUCUGAUUAGAUAGGAGUUGAUCUCUGGGGUAAGUUCUAAAAUAAGGGUAAAUCUUGUACAUAUCUCGUAAAUCUAGUUCUGUCAUAGGAUUGGAUUGAUUCUGUGAAGUUAUUCUUGCAUUUAUCCACCUUUUCCCGUUAUAAUUAAUUAUAUAAAAUAAUAUUAAUUGUGUUUAUUAUAAUAGGGUAUUCUAUGCGCCUUAAAUAGUUAUUGUGAUAUGUUACGAUUAAUUCAGUGGGAAAUGUUCUUAGAUAGACGCCAGGCGUUAUUAUGCGAACAUCCAUAGUGCGGAUAUGCGAAUGAUUUUUGCAGAUUAAUAGAAAAAUAAGUUUGUUAUAGCUUUACAUUUCGUUAAAUAUUAUUAUUUUGUAGUCAUUAGCAAAUGCAGCUUUAAAUAUAAUCAUGUAAAAUUUGCAUACCUUUAGGCCAUGAAUCAUAAAAAAUAAAGCUUUAGAAAUGAAAUUUGUAAUUAAAUAUUGUUAACUUAAGAUUUUUUAUUGUAAUAUAAGUAAUAAUUUUAAUAGGUUAUUAAUAAUAUUAAAAAAAAUGUAUCGAAUAUUUAAAAAAAAUUCGUUAGUAGGUUAGUCUUGUUUACAUUAAUGUAUACAUAUAUUACUAAAACUUGGGAUCAAAUCACAUUGAGAGAGAGAUGAAGCGAUACGACGCCUCUUUCAAGGUAAACCGAACUCUUAUCUCUACCACGUAAUGUACAUAUUCGUGAGUCGUAUUGCUUCGCGUCAACUCUGCCGCACUGUGGCUUGAGCCUUAGGUUGAAAUCUAUAGAGACUCUCGCUCUUUGACUUUGCUUAGACAUAAGUUUCAGUUAAAGCGAGAUAGAUUUAUGCCAGCGGUAUAACGCUGUCUCGUUUUAACAGUGUCUUGUGUUCAGAGUGUUCUUAAAGUUUGGCGCAAUCUGUUCAUACUGAUAUUGCAAUAAGUCACUACAAGAUAGUUUUUCUUUACGCUAUAAAAUAGCUUAUUUAUAUCAACUUUAAACAUUCUCGUCUAUUAUUAUCUUUACCUAUUAUUAGAAGUAUAAUUAAUAAUGUUGUCAAAAUAUAUCAAAAUGUAUGAAUACUUUUAAGAAAAAAUCCUUUAGGAUUUAGCAGCUUACCUAAAUAUUAUGUACAAUGUAGUAAAAAAAAUGACUUGCCAAAAUUGGGAAGGCUUCAAGCUAGUACAGACACAGCGGAAUUCGGUGGACGCAAACCGCAGGUACCUACCUACUGUCCGCACGGUUUGCAUCCGCACGGAUUCGGCCGUGUCUGAACUAGGGUUUAGUUCGAAAUGUUUCUUUUAUUUUGGCUGCUAUAGCAAAUGUAUAUAAAAUAUACAGCUAAAGGAUGGCGAUAGACUGUAGGCUGUUUUUCUAGUCAUUUGUAAUUUUAUCAAAGAAAUAUAACAGUUAAAUAAAAUA